GGCUAACAGCUACCCCUCAACCUACCCCUCCCCCAGAUGGAUGGGCCCACUUUGCUGGCCAGGUACCCAUACCCAAAACUUCUUGGACCCUCCCCCUUUUGAUAUUUCUGGAUCCACCCCUGGAACUCAAACAUGGAACAGAAUGAAAUGACUGUCUUUGUGUUCCUAGUAGACGUCAUCCUCUCAUGCCAACUCAUCAUAAAGCAUUAUUGCUCAACUAUCAAUUAUAAAAUGAAGGGAAUUAAAUAAAAUACCUUCAUAAUUAUUCUAUAUAAUUUUUAUUUUGCAUUUGACCCCCAAAAAGGCCUGAUUAACAAUUUUGGUAUUUUUCCGACGAGCUACCGAGACCGGUACAGUGACGUCACGGUCUACCGACUACGUCAUCAAAUUUCAUUUUUCUUAGUGUCUAGCAGACAAAUUUCCGUCAAACAGCAGCACCAGUGUUCCCAGUGGGGAUACAAAAGUAUGAUUUGGAUGCAUUUUGACCAAGUGGAUACUUUCUUAUGAAGCUGACCAAAAUUAUAUGAAAUGAGCAAAUUUUUACAUUUGGGAUACCUUUUUCCCUUUUUGUACCAUUGUAGUACUUUUGAAACUUUUUCCCAAUUCCAUUUGAAAGUUAUGGAAACCAGUUAAGAUUAUAAUCCUUAUGGUGCUCGGCCACAAACCACAAUAUAGUCUGACAGACUUGCACAGUUACAAUAGGCAGUGAGAGAAAUAGUCUUUACGAUGCAUUUACAUAAGGGAUAUUUUUUAGUCAUUUCAUUUGCACGUGAUUUUUAGAAGCGACAACUCUCCUCAAAUUAGGUUAAAAAACGAAUACUGUAUCUGUUACAUAUCCAGGUAUCCAUGAAAGCUAUUAUCCCUAAGGCCUUGGGUGACAUUGUAGAACAUCCGACCAGCGCGCCCCGGGUGACGUUCCAGAACGUCCAACUUUUCCCGCCACUUUUUUUUUUAUUAGUAUUUUAUGAAAAGUUGAUUUUUCUUGAUUUAUCCCCGCGGGGGGGGGGGGGGGGUACUGCCAGCAGCACCCUAAUCCGAGGUUUUAGGGUUAAAAAGUUGUUUAGAUGCAGAGUAUUUUAGUGCUGAGGCUUUAUUUCAACUUCUAAAGCAGUUCUUUGAGACUGGGAAUUCCUUUUGAAAAUAUGCUUGGUUAUGCUGCAGACAAUGCAUCUGUUAUGAUGGGCAAUAUGGGAGGGUUGAAACUAAAACUACAGACAAUAGCCCCUAAUUUGCUUGUAAUAGGGUGCAUAUGUCAUUCAUUGCAUCUGUGUUCAUCUUCUGCUUGUCUUAGACUUCCACGUUCCUCUGAAGAAUUAUGUAGAGAUAUCCAUAGUUAUUUGAAUCACAGCCCUAAAAGGUUUGGUAAAUUCAAAGAAAUUCAGGAGUUUGUGAGAAUUGAUUGUCACAGGAUUCUCACAUGCCAGACUAGAUGGUUAUCUUUAGAGCCAGUAGUAAAUAGAAUUUUAGAACAAUGGUCGGCUCUUCAAUUAUUUUUUCAACCUGAAGCCUUAGAAGGUCAUAAGACAACUGCAAAACAAAUUCUUGAUGUUUUGAAUACACCUCUCUUUAAGCUGUAUUUUUCCCUUUUAAGUUAUAUGUUACCAAUCAUCAAUAAAAUGAACAAAGAAUACCAAAGUGAAACUGUGAAGAUACACGUAGCUUAUUCUAAUAUCUGCGGAUUCUAUAAAACAAUUCUUGGAAAUUACAUUAAGAGAAAUAUUCUUGUGCCAGCCUCAGAUGUUUUCACAGUAAGCCGUAAUGAUCCUUCGAAUUUCUUGCCAGAGACUAAAUGGUAUUUUGGCACUAAGGUUAAAAAUAUGUUAGGGAAUAAGGAUAUUGUUACAAUAUCUGAAUUAUCAGAUUUCAGAGUCAAAUGUCUUAACUUUUAUAUUGAACUGGCUAAUCAAAUAUUUAAACGUUUAAAAGGUAUGAAUAAGGUGUUACCAUUUUUCAAUGUCUGUGAUCCAACUGUAGUGAGAGAAUGUUAUGUUAGGAGCCUAGUUCCUAUAUUUUCUAAGUUCCCUCAACUCAUUGAUGAAGCUGACUAUGACCAGUGCAAUGAUGAAUGGAGAGCUCUCUUAUUUCACUGGAUCAUGUGAGAAACACUGAAAACCCCUGUGAAUUUUGGUUUUCAGUAACAAAAGUAAAGCAUAAUGAUGGGGCUUUGAUGUUUCCUAUGUUAUCAAAAUUUAUGUUUGAUUUGUUGGUUUUACCACAUUCAUCAGCUGUAGUAAAGAGAAUUUUUUCUCAGAUUAAACUAAUCAAGACCAAUACAAGAAACAAAUUGAACACUGAAACAAUGAAUGGUUUUAUCUUGACAAAAUAAAAUGGAGGUAACACUUCAUGCUUUGACCGGCAACCAAGUACAGGUUGACCAUCUCAAAUCCGGACUGAUUGGGACCUGAGCAGUGCCGGAUUAGUGAUUUUACUGAAACACAGGUUGUUAGGUUAGGAUUAAAUAAAUAAACACCUGUAACCCACUUCAAAACCACCUUACCCUACCUUUAAAAUACUCUGUAAAUAGUACAAGUUGGAUAAUAAAAAGAAGAGAAACAACAUAUGAAAAGCAAGUGAAAUUUAUUGAAGUACAGGCAAAAUACUUAAAAGGUAUUUGUAGUUACUUGCAUCAGAAGGUUGGUUAUUGCCACUUCCAAAGUAAAGAGUUGGAUUGUACAACUAAGCAGUGUUACAUGUCUUAAAGUGGGGGGUCAUCAGGACUGUCCUGUGUUUCAUCUAAAAAGAUGAUUGAAUCUUCUGUAUCUGGUGUUGGUGAUGAAGUUGGCAUAUCUUCAAGAACUGGUGAUGGUGGUGCCAGCACAUCUGGGUGAGCAGAAGUUGAUGGCACUGGAUUUUGAAGUGUUGACUCCUGUCUUGUAGAUUUAUUUCUCUGCUAUUUUUCUGAACAUAUCCUGCAAGCUAACCUGUUUUAUGUAUUUUUGGUCUUUCUUUGGUUAGUUCUUCUUGCAACAUGCAAACAUUCAUUAUUUCCUGUUCAGUAAUAAAACUGCAUUGUUCGAGACCUUUAAUCAAUUCACCUGUCAUUAACUAGCUUAUCAAUGGACAUUCUUUCAGCUACCUCUUCCUCAUUUUCAUCAUUACUUUUUCACCCACUGUUCUUUGUCUCUGGAUUUACAACCAUCUGAACAAUUUCAACGUCAGUAUAAUGAUGAACAGUUGGUUCAUUAUCAACACCCAUCCACUCGUUAAUGUUAUCUGCAUCCAGCCUCGAUGCAUCUUCCUUCGCAGUAGGAUUACUGAGAUCUUGAGCAUAAGAAAGCAGUUCACGUACCAUCUAAUUUUGAUUUGAAACCCUAAAUCCUGUAAAUUCAUUUCCAAUUUUCUCACCAGGUGCAGAACUGAACAUUAAAGCUGGCCACAAUUUAUGCCAGCCAUUUUUCAAUGUUGAUGCUUCUACUGACUGCCAAGCAUUAGGAACUCCAUAAAUCACAUCUCUCAUAUUAAAUUCUUUAAAAAAUUCCUUUACUUGUUUGCCAGAGUUAACUGCACUCAGUAGCCGCUCCAUAAACUUGGAGCGAUAUUUAGACUUUAAAGACCGUAAUGUGCCAUUGUCCAGGGGUUGAAUUAAUGACAUACAGUUAGGUGGCAGGUAGAUACCGUAAACAUUAUUCUUCACCAAGAGUUCUGCUUUUGAAUGCGCAGAGCAGUUAUCUAAAAAUCAGCAUUAUCUUACAGUCACAAUGAGCUCUCGCUGCUGGAACAAAGUAAGGUUCAAACCAAUCCAAUGUAAUGUAAUGUCAGUUGUUAUCCAUCCCUUUUUGUUAACCCUGUAAAUAACUGGAAACUGUUUCAUACCUUUGAAGGCUCUGGGGCGCAAACUUUUGCCAAUGAGUAACAACUUACACCUGUAGGUUCCUGCAGCGUUAGAGCAGCCCAACACCGUGACACGAUCUUUCAAUGCUUUUUAACCUGUUGGUGAUUCUGCAUCCUCAGUGUUUAUUGUUUGCCUGGGAGUCCAAUGCCAAUAUAAGCCGGUUUCAUCUGCAUUGUAGACCUGUUCCGGACUUAAAGUUUCAUCCGAAACUAACUUAGUGAACUCGUCCACAAAAGCAGCAGCUGCUUCCUUGUCUACCGACCUUUUUUCACCACACACUGCACGAAACUUUAUCCCAUGUCGCUGCUUGAACUGCUGAAGCCCCCUUCAGUAUAAUCACACGCAUAAUCUAUUCCUAAUUUUGCAUGAAAUAAUUUUGCUUGCUCCCUCACCAUCUCCCCAGACAGUUCCACACCUUCACUGAUGCGGAAUUUAAACCACUUUAUUAGAACUUUAUCUAGCUGUGAAUGUCCUCCAUCUUUCAAUGCUUUCCUUUUGGAAAUUUUUUUCUUUGAUUCACUAUCAGCAAAGAACUGGAGCAGCUUUCCUUUCUGUUUUUUUAUGUCAUACACUGUGGAAGCGCCAAUGUUAUACAAGUCGCAUAUGCUGCGAACAGACACACCACUGUCCAGUUUUUUGAGAAGUUCAACCUUAUCUUGUAUAGUCAAUGUAUGGUGUUUGCACUUUACACCAUGAGAAGCACUUCCUUUAUUCAAUGAAGACAUGACUGGGGCUAAAUAAGAGCAGUUUAUAAUAAUAAAUGAAGAAAAACACAAAGGAAUAACUUGCCACUUCUCAAACACCAUGCCAACAGCUGAGUCUGCUAUUCACUCCACCAAAAUAGUAGCGGCAGGUUGGCGAGGAGACCAGCGCGAAAUUUGAAAUUACGGUGGCCAAAUUAUGUCCGAACCAGCGGUGGAACCGGAUUACUGAUUGCCAGAUAUGAGGUGGUCUACCUGUAAUGUAAUGAUACGAUCAGCCCAAGAUGCAUUCAGAGACAAAGCAAGCAUCCAGUAGAUAUCAAAAUUAUGUCCUUACAGGGUAUUAAUCAUUUCUGUUUAAUUUCUCUUGAGGUUUAAAAGUAUUUCGUUAAUUUGAAUGUAUAAACUAGGCAAUUUCAAGUGCUCUACUCUCUCAGGGUAGCUGAAGUGCUGUAGUGCAGGCACCAGUCUGGUGGCCCUCCUUUGGACAUUUUCAAUCGACUGACAGUUCCAAGCAUAUGUCGGGGACCAGACAGGGAAGCACUUCACUCUUAUAAGACCUAAUAAUUUAGUUGUCUGAUUCACCUUCUUCUCGCA